GUAAGUGCUAUUUACAUUAAAUCCUAUGUUAUGUCACUCUACACACUCUAUUGGAAAAGAUUUAAAGCAUGAAUGAUUAUCCUUCUUUGCCCAUGUAUGGUACAUCAUUGCUACGCAGGUAACCAGCCGUGCGGUCACGCACUUGAUGACUUUUGUGAGGCCAUCGUAAAAGUUUAUGGCUUGGUUAUGGUGUACCCAUAAUGUCAUGAAAAAAGAGGCAGAGUUGAAGGGAGGUAGGGUAUAUAAGUGCAGGAAACUUCACCCAUCCGUACUUCAUCUCUCAGCUUGCUCUUCCUCUCUGCUCAACAAUCAACACCCAAGCCAUGGCUUUCAAUGGAAAGUGGGAAACCGAAUCUCAGGAUGGAUAUGAAGAGUUCUGCAAACUGAUUGGUAUCCCUGAUGAUGUCAUCUCAAAGGGCCGUGACUUCAAGCUUGUGACAGAGGUCAUCCAGAACGGAGAUGAUUUCACAUGGAUCCAGUACUACCCAAAAAGCCAUGUUGUGACCAACAAAUUCAUCGUUGGCAAAGAGAGUGACAUGGAGACCGUUGGAGGGAAGAAAUUCAAGGGCAUAGUCUCCAUGGAAGGGGGCAAGCUGGCCAUAAGUUUCCCCAAGUACCACCACACAUCUGAGAUCAGCGGUGGAAAGCUGGUGGAGACCUCCACAGCCAGUGCCGCUAGUGGUCCAGUUGUUUUUGUACGUACAAGCAAGAAGAUCUAACUGCAUUAUUGAGAUAGAUGACCAUGUUCUGCUCUGACCUCUAAUUUUCUUGAAUAAAGUGUACGAGCUAAACU